CAGGAGCAACAAAUAAUAUUAGAGACGUUGGAAACUGAGCCCGAAGAGCAACAAAUACUAUUAGAGACGUUGGAGACUGAGCCCCAGGAGCAACAAAUAAUAUUAGAGACGUUGGAAACUGAGCUUGAAGAGCAACAAAUAAUAUCUGAGGAAAUGACAUAUGCCUUCAAAUGCUGUAUUUGCGGCUUCAAAACAAAUGUAUCAUGGAAGGAACAACGUCACAAACAUAGUCAUACAAAUCAGUACCAAUGCGCGUUUUGUGGAAAACGUCAUGGACAAAAGAGUGACCUUGACUCACACGCGUGUCUACAUACUCUUAGAAUCAAAGAGUGCUCCACUUGUAGUAAGACUUACAAAACAGAGCUAGGACUUCAGAGACACGAGGCUGAACAUACUGGCAACUAUAGGCACAUGUGCGAAUAUUGUGGGAAGGGGUUUUCUUACAUAAACCUCUUUCAAGAUCAUCAGAUGAUACAUACGGAUCAAAAGUUAAAAUGUCCCAAGUGUCCCAAGGAGUUUGCCUCUGCUAGAAAUCUGAGAGAACAUAAGGACAUAUGUGGUAAGACAGUAAAGGACUUUAAGUGCAGUGAAUGCGGAAAUGUUUACAAGUCCAAACGGUACCUAAAAGAACACAUAUCACUGAAACAUUCUUUAAAUCCUCCUGUAUACGUGUGCCAUGAGUGUGGUAAAACAUUCUGUUACAGGGCAACGCUUUCGAAACAUAUGAAAAGCAAUCACAAGUAAAUAGUUCAGUGAAGUUUGUUAAGUUGUAAGUCUGUUCAUGUAUUUCUUUUAUCUUAUAUUGAAUAGUAUCUAUGGAAGUAUCGCAUGUUUGGGGGCUGUUUAGUUAUAGAGAACUUUGAACAUUUCCCCUCAAACCUUUAAUACAGAUAUAUUAGUGGUAAUGUAAUCAACAUGGGAAAUGCAAAAGCUAUACAUUUUCAAUAUAAAAAAUGACAAAAAUCACUAGUAAUAUAUCAUGUUCAAUGAUACAAUGAUGUAAUUUA